CGCUUCACACCCCGCUUGCCGCUGCACUCUGCACCGAAAAACCACUCCAAACCAUUCAAACUCAUCAAGCAUUCACCUUUCACCGAUUCACCACCCCUUACUCUCUCCAUCUUCUCGAUCAAGAAAGCGCGAUGGCCCCAGUCCGCACGAAGAAGCAGCCAAAGGCCCGCGUCCCUUCCAAAACCGUCAAGAUGCGGUCCCCGACCCCGAUGAAGACGCCUGAGAGAAGCCUCAUCAAGCAGAGGAAGACGAACAUCUCAGAAGCACAAAAGCAAGCUUUGAUCGACAACCUGCGGCUGGAGAUCACGGAGCGAGCACGCAAACUUCGCGCUCAAUAUGCCAUCCACGCCCAAGGCCUCCGAUCGCGUCUCGAGAUGCGCGUCAAUCGCAUUCCCCGCGCCUUGCGACAGAUGAACAUUGUCGAUCUCCUGGACCAGAUCCACGCGUCGCAGCAGCAGAAACCUCUCCCUGCGCCUGCUCCGAUCCAGGAGCCCCUCAAGAAGACCACCAGGGCCCCAGGCCCGAAGGCACCAGCCCCCCAGAUCACAGUGCCAGCCCAGAAGGCGCCGGCACCAGCCCCGAAAACACGCGUCAUCGGACGCCCAGCAACCCGAGUCGCCAAAGCAGCCCCCAAACCGGCACCCGCUGCCGCCCCGGUUGCCCCUACGAAGCGCCCCACAGCCGGUCGACCAGCGAAGCGAACAAGCGCCGAGAUGAACAAGGAGAAUGUGGUGCAGGAGAUCAAGGUCGCGAGGAAGAGGGCCAAAGCAGAGCCUCCGGUGCCGGCGGCUGCCCCGGCUCCAGGCAGGGGAAGGGUGCUUCGCAUGAGGAAGUAGGGUACCAGCGGCAAUGCGAAAUCGGGCAGAGUUCUGGGUUCCUUGGAGGCUUGAGACCUUGACUCCCCUUCGUCUCCUUCGGGGGGCGUUGGGUUGAGUUGGUUUCGCCUCCAAGGAACCUGGUUGACUCUCUGAUUUCGGGUGUCUUGGUCCUGUGUUCCUGUUUUCAUGUAAUUUCUGUGUCGUUAGCGUGGUGUUUGAGUAGGAGGCUUCAAAUCAGGCAUUGGAAAAAGGGUAUGGGUUUUUGCACGGUUUCAGGACUUGGGUUGUUUCACAUGGCGUUUAGGUGUUUGAAUUGGGGUCUAAUGAUCAUGGUACUAGAGAUACCCGCGAAUACAACUGUCUACUGUCAUUUGUGUGCAGCUGUCUGAGGUGCUUCAAUGCAUUCGUGAAAAUGAGGACAGG